AAGGUCUCCGAUAAACGUCAUUUUUUUUUUUUUUCACAUUAAGCAACAUUUUCGAAGGAACAGCGUGUCCUCAUCACGGCUACAAAAUCCGCACCGACGGCGAGGCCCACGCCUCCGUCCACGCGGAGGACACCGCGUGGCUCGGGAAGAACCGCCACAGAAGGCGGCCGGCUCCGCCCGAGCGCGGUCCCUCCGAGGAGUCGGCCCGCCGCCGCCACCCCAUCCAGCGCCUCUGCGGUUUCUCUCGCGAGAGGCUGACCCCCGAGUCACGCAGACGCGCGAGCGGCCGAGAGCGCGCCGUGCGGACGCCGUCGGGCCCGGGACGGCGCAGCGGGCCUUGCCCUCGGGCGGGACUCGCGGGAGUUUUUAAAAAUCACCAGACAGUAGCGACCGUCAACGGUCCGUCCCUCGCAAAACACGCGAGUGGGAACGCUGUGCUUCCGGUGCCUCCUCCCCCGCGCCCAGCCCCCACCCUCGCGCGCCUCCCCCCUGCGUUUCCCCGCCAGGGCGCCUGGAGACGUGAGCGUACAACCAGCUGAGCGCGCGACACAGGCUCCCGGGCGCUAUCUCAUCACAACGGUCCCGAAGACACACGUGCUGGAAGGCGGGCCGAGCACGCGGUCCGGGGGGUGGCGGGAGGAAGCCCACGCUCCCGAGCCCCGGCGCCCCCAGCCCCGCCCAGACACACCGCCCUCCCGCACCCCUGCCGGAUCCAUCACGGGCCUCUCCGUCUCCAUCCGGGCCUGUGUCCGUGGGAGGUCCCGGGACCGUGGGAGCGGAGGCAGCCCUCGUGGAUGACGGACGCCUUCACUCCCGCCACCGGCUGGGACCGGGCGGGCCGGGCACUGUCCCGAGGCCAAACAGAGGCAAAAAUCAUCCCCCUGCAGAAUUGGUUUUUGAUUUGCUGGUGUUUACCUGACAGCAAGCAUUUCCCAGGAAGAAAUAGCGCUCUGUUCGGCACACGGCAUCGAACUGUCUCUCCUAAAUCCCAACCCAUCUGCUUGCUCCAGUCCCGUGGAGACCAUCCAGAGAGCAGACAUCACUCCGUCCCUGAGAUGAUCCCGCGGCGGCUGAGGCGGCAGGAAGAGAGAACCCAGGGGGCUGCGGAGAAACGUGGGCGAGGCCCGCCGGCCUGGGGGGCCGGGGAGGGCUCCCAGGAGGCGGCCACAUGCCCCGGCCAUGCCGCCGCCCCAGCAGGCCCGCAGCCGCUGGUAUGGGGAGGCCACGUCCCCCUGCUGGAGCCGCAUGCAGCCUGCCCGGCCGGCAGGUACUGGUCCCCAGGGAGGAAGGAAAGAGCUCAGACAACCAAGACCCAGCCGGGGCCCCGGGACCGGCGCCUGCACGAGAUGAGCACGGGACGAGGUGUCCUGGGCACAGCGGUCAGCAGGGCACCUGCCCGCCAGGGGUGAAAGGGCUGGCCCGUGGGCACGCAGGGGCGGGCCAGGCUGCAGAGUCCAGUCCCCCUCCCUGUCCACGGGGCAGCUCACAGAGUGGCCCCUGGACGAGGGGUGGCAUCUCUGAAAGGAUCAACGACAAAACCACAGAUGCUUUUUGUGAUUUCAUUUAUUCGGGAUGGCCUAAAGAGGUUUUACAAAUCAUACACAUUUAUUCAUGAGCAAAUCACUUUUAUUACAAAGAGAAAAUACUGUGAAAUCAGUGUGUGCUCCUCCGCAGCACCUGCAGAUCCCCCCGGACCCCUCCCCCCC